GCAUCAGAGUGAGCAGACAGUUUUUAACGGAGUGAGUCUGGAGGAAAAGCUGCUGUGAAGCUGUGAAAAUGUCUAAAGUCCAAACGCUGAGAGCUUUUGUCAGCCAGAGACUAAGUGCGGCUGCUGAAGAGAUAUUUGAGCUGUUUGAAAGAACGAUAGCAGAGUACGAGGAGGAACUUUGUGGACAACGCAAACUACUGGACGCUGUUUUCCAGCCUGAAGUCCGGCUGCACAGAGCAGACGUCCAGCUGCUGUCGGCGAGUAAAGAAGAGGAUACCCCUGAGCAGCAGGACUGGAGACCCAGUCUGGACCAGGAGGACCCACCAGAGCCCCCACACAUUAAAGAGGAACCGGAGGAACUCUGGACCAGUCAGGAGGGAGAGCAGCUUCGAGGGCUGGAGGAGGCUGAUAUCAUCAAGUUCACGUUCACUCCUGUCCCUGUGAAGAGUGAAGAAGAUGAUGAAGAGAAACCUCAGUCCUCACGGCUUCAUCAAAGACUCACUGAACAGAUGAAAACAGAAGCUGAUGGAGAGGACUGUGGAGGACCAGAACCAGCCAGGAACUCAGAUCCAGAUAGUCAUUUACAACCAGCUACUUAUGACAAGAUGCCCGACUGCUCUGAACCUGAGACUGAUGACAGUUGUGAUUGGGAGGAGACCAGGGAACCUCAGUCAGGUUUAAACUCUCAGCAAAACAAUGAAGUACCUGUAAGUGAUCAGGAAUGUAAUGCUGGAAAAACAUCAAGUAGCUUCUCUGAAUGUGCUACAAGCUUUGGCCUCAAGGAACAUCUGCAGGAACAAGAUGGACUCCAACCAGGAGAGAAACCAUUUAGUUGUUCAGUUUGUGGUAAAAGAUAUCUCGUGAAGAAAUCCUUAAAGAUUCAUAUGAGACUUCAUUCAGAAGGAAAAUGUUUUAGCUGCUCAGUUUGUAAAAAAAGUUUUGGUGAAAGAAGGAAUUUGUCUAGACACAUGAGAAUCCACACAGGAGAGAAACCAUUUAGUUGCUCAGUUUGCAGUAAAAGAUUUAUACAAAAGGCAACUCUGACAGACCACAUGGUAGUCCACACAGGAGAGAAACCAUUUAGUUGUUCUGUCUGUGGUAAAAGAUUUGCACGAAAGGACAAUCUGAGACAACACAUGAUUGUCCACACAGGGGAGAAACCCUUUUCUUGUUCAGUUUGUGGUAAAGGAUUCGCACACAGAUCAACUUUGACCAUACAUUUUAGAGUUCAUACUGGAGAAAAACCUUUCACAUGCUCAGUUUGUAAAACAAGUUUUGGUACCAGAGGCCAUUUGUCCAGACACAUGAGAAUCCACACAGGGGAGAAACCAUUCAGUUGCAGCGUUUGUGAUAAAAGAUUCACUUGGCUUUAUACUUUCAAAAGCCACAAGUGUGCUGGUGAGAGCAGCGGCAGUAAAUGAAGCUGCAGAGAUGCUUGUUGAGCCGAUUCCUUCCUGCAGGAUUUGAAGUACUGAGGGCAAGACUUGGCUCAACACUGAUCAGUUCAAAACUGUGAUAGAGACUCCAAAAUAAGUCGAGCUUCAUCUUUUCAGCUGAGAUGAAGCCACGUGAUCAUUUUAAUUCUGUUUUUAUUUGUAUCUACAUUAUUUGGUCGUUUUCUGGGAACUGUGCUUUGUGGUUUUACAUGUAUUCAUUGAUUUAAAAUUGGCUAAAAGUGUUUCAUGUCGCCUGUACAGCACUAUGGUCAACAUAUCAACAAGUUAAUUUUUUACUGGAAACUGGUUAUAAUAUUUUCUCGGCUUCAACACAUAUUUUCAUUUGUUUUAAGAAAAGGUUUUUAAAAGCUCAAUAACAGGCAUAAAUUAAUAAAUAUGUUUUUAAUUAAUUUUCUGUUGAUUUGUGAUAUAAAUCCAUUGGAAGCUUUUUGUAAACCAUUAGAAGAUACUAAUAAAAAUGUGUAAUGCUUUAAUAAGUGUGUUGAUUUAUCAGAUGUGGCAUUAUGAAAUAAAAGUCCAAUGAAAUAAAUAAAAGUAGUCCUUUGAAAAACAUUUUUUAAAUAAAACCCAUUUAUUUAUUUCAUAUUGACUAAAAUGGCAUUCCAUGCACCAGAAUAUUAAUAUAGUAUGAUUAUGUAAUUAUACUUAGUUGUCUGUAUUAUUAUGUAUAUAUACAUUAAUAUGUAUAGUAAUAAAUGCAUUUUGCUGA